ACAACCAACAUACUAGUUACAGCAUCAGCGCGCCUCUGGAAAGUCAGCUUGUCAGUCACAGCAGCGCGUCCCCUGAACGAUAACGAAGAGGUGACUUUAGGUGAAAAGCCUGACCACGGAGACCGGGGUGAGAAGGUGACGAAGCGUACUUCAUGAGCUGUAACCGAAAAACUACUGGCUUUUGGAAAGUUUGAGGGAGUGAGUGGAAAAUAUGUGCAAACGUCCCCGAAGAGAGGCACACUGAUAUUCUCUCAUUCUGUUAUUUAGUCUACCCAAGGAGAGCACCACACGACUCUGAAGAACACACAAGGCAGCCAUUGCUGGGAAAAUGCAGGGCCAGAGAGAGAAGACAUUCAUAUUGAUCCUCGUUGCUGCGCUCUCUCACAGGGUGACUCAGGCAAAGGUAAUGGACAUGGUUCCUAAUGCUGUGGAUGACCAGUACACUCACUGUCGGGAGCAGAUGUUGAAGAAGGUUGUGGAAGGGGGUCUGCUGGAAGAAGAACUGAAAAACAGUACAAAGUAUAGGCAUGCCUGGGGGACAAAGCAGUGUACAAAGUUAAUCCCGGGAGGCGUCAAGCAACACACGGAUGCAUUGGUGACUUAUGGACAUGGGGGAAAUGAGUUCAGAAAUAUGUUCAACCUAGAAGUGGAGACUCAGGGUGGGAAUGUCACUGUCUAUAACGGCAACUUCCAGUUCAAAUCCCUCCACUUCCUUCUAAUGGAUGCCAUGAGGCUUUUGAAGACAGAGAACUGCCAAACUGUGUUUCGUGGCUCAAGCAAAGAUUAUGAGGCACAAGUAGGGUCAGAAGUGCGAUUUGGGAGGUUUACCUCAGCCACGGCCAAGCGUUCCGAUGCGGAGGAAUCUGCUUCAGACAAUGGGAUCCUUUUCAACAUCACUUCCUGCACUGUAGUCAACGUGGAAGAUUACACUUGCUUCUCAGACAGCAUUGAUCAGCUAAUAUCCCCAGCAGAGGUGUUUAGGGUGGCUGAGGUAAAGCAUGUAAGAAAUAAAGAUGACGAGUACAGAGAGAUCGUUUUGACAAGUUCAAGGACUCACAGCAUUGACAGAAUGCUCGACUGUUACCUCUUCCCCAGAUCUCCUACAACUACGAAUCCUCCAUCAAUCACCCCCAAAGGCUCCUCUACUCAAUGGCUUGGCAGUAGCCUGUCUGUUCUUGUGGUUGUGGUUGUAUCUCUCUCUAUCUCACUGAUCACCAGGACUGAUCAUCUCUGAUAAACUAAAGUGUUGAGCGCUAAUAGAUGCGGUAAAGAAGUCAAUGGAACGCAGACCGUGGGGGAUAGAAGGGCGCACAUUCAACCAAUCUGAUCUAACAAAAUAGAUAUUUGUCAAAUUGUCAUGUGUUAUGUACUGUAACAUGCCCAUAAUGUGCUUACUAAAGUUUGAUUUGGAUAUAUCUGUCUGUUUUCACGGCAUAACAUUUAGAAGUAGUCCCUUUUCAGGUUUAGUAGAGGUGACUGCUAAAGGCUAACUCCCAUUUGUAUUGACUGGUAGCAUAGUUAGCAUUGACUGUAAUGCAGUUUAACUGUAAUGCAGUUUCCUGGUGAUGAUGACAUCAUGUAUUCAGGUUGACAUCCAUACCAACAUUAUACUCUGAUUUUUACCUCAACAUAGUGUGAAACACACAUAAACAAUAGCCUAAAUGUAGGCUAAUUUUGCUGGUGGCCAUUGAGAUUCUGGCUCUUUCCCCCACGACAUCUUUCCCCCAUGCAAUGCAUUUCCAUGGCAUUUCCAUUGUUUUGGUUGAGAUCCAAUGACCUCUUCACUGCUUCUAUUGAAAAGGACAAACACACACACACACACACACACACAAUUGCAUGUAUGUAAUAUCAGUGUACACAGAUAUUCAUCAAAUGUGACAAAGCGCCAACCUUUCAAACCCCUCUUAGCAUAAUGAUAUUCUCUUGAAAAAUGUAUUUCUUUGCAUUUGAUUGUUUUUGUGAGAAAAUAUAUCAUGGUGAAUAGACAAUAUUAGAUAAGAUGUUUUAAACAAUAUGUUAUGCAUUUAGCAAAUAUUUUGGUAUCACAACAAUUGACUGUGGGUGGUGUCCAGUUUUCAUAGAUGUAAUUUAAUUUUCCUCUUGUUUUGUUAUCGAAUAAAGAAACAAGUUGAGCAUU